AUGACAGACUCUCCAAGCAAUAUCCCCCCUCCACUGGCUGUGGUAGGCUUAUCUUUCCAAUUUCCGGAAUAUGCAACAUCACCAGAAGGCUUCUGGCAAAUGCUGCUGGAAGGCAGAUGUGUUUCGAGCGAGUUUCCCGCGGACAGAAUCAACAUAGAUGCCCUCUACCACCCCGACCGUAACCGACUCGACAGCAUCUCGAUGCGUGGUGGACACUUCCUCAAGGAAGACCUCGGUGCUUUUGAUGCACCGUUCUUUUCUAUGAGCGCCGCCGAGGCAGAGGCCAUGGACCCUCAGCAGCGGCUUGUCCUUGAAACGGUUUACCGCGCCCUAGAAAACGCAGGCUUCUCCAUGGACAGUGUUGCAGGCUCCAAGGCAAGUGUUUUUGCGGGGUCAUUUAGCGAUGACUACUUCCUACUCCAAACCAAGGAUCCGCUGGAUAUGCCUAAAUACACAGCCGUCAGUACGUCACGGAAUAUGCUUGCCAAUCGGAUUAGUUGGUUCUUUGAUCUCCUUGGACCGAGUGUUGCAGUCGAUACCGCUUGUUCCAGUAGCUUGGUUGCCUUGGACCUGACAUGUCAGUCAAUAUGGUGCGGUGAUGCGAACAUGGGCCUGGCAAUCGGUAGCAAUGUAAUACUUUCCCCGGAAAUGACUAUGAGUCUGGACAAUCUGGGAUUAUUGUCGCGAGAUAGCCAUAGCUACAGCUUCGAUAGUCGUGCGAAUGGAUAUGCAAGAGGUGAAGGUGUGGGCGUUCUUGUGAUCAAGCGGCUUGACGACGCGAUUCGUGAUGGUGACAAUAUCAGAGCUGUCAUUCGCUCCUCGUCGUCAAACCAAGACGGCAAGACUCCUGGUAUCACUCAGCCGAGCAAAGAUGCUCAAGUCCGCCUGAUCCGAGAUACGUACAAGAAGGCUGGUUUAGACAUGUCCGUCACACGGUACUUUGAGGCACACGGCACAGGAACGCCCAUUGGAGACCCCAUUGAGACAAGAGCAAUUGGGAAGGCAUUUCGUCGAUAUAGAUCAGCGAAAGAGCCACUAUACGUGGGAUCCGUCAAGUCGAACAUUGGACACCUCGAAGGAGCCAGCGGUGUUGCUGGAGUCAUCAAAGCCAUUCUAGCACUGGAGAAGGCGAUCAUUCCUCCCAACAGCUCGAAUCUACAAUCUCUAGCACCUCAAAUCGAUGAGGACUUUUUCAAUUUGAAGAUACUGCAGAAAGCUAUUCCAUGGCCCGAUUCCGGUCUACGAAGGGCGUCUGUCAGCUCCUUUGGUUUUGGUGGUUCCAACUGCCACGUCGUUUUAGACGAUGCAUACAAUUCCCUUCGUCUCAUGGGAAUAAGGAGCGGUCAUCAUCAGACAGUCGUGGCUCCUCCCACGCAUGGAAAUAUUAUCGAAGGCUGCGAUUCGAACAAUCUCAAAGAAAAAUUCCGAGAAAUGACGAGUAAUAGCCAGCUGCCACUGGAUCCCACCGAAGAGGCAGUUGACCACCAGCUUCUUGUCUGGUCGACUGCGGAUGAGGGUGGAAUCAAACGUCUUGGAAGUUCCUGGGUUGGAUACCUCUCUUCAAAAAAUGAAUUGCCUGACGAUCAGCAACCGCAGUAUCUGCUCGAUUUGGCACAUACCCUCAGCCAACGCCGGACCCAUCUCACAUGGCGGACUUAUGCCUUGGGAGACUCAUGUCACCAAUUUGAUAGCCUGCCGGGUCAAUUCACACCUGCAAUAAAGUCUAUCAUAGACCCGAAAAUCGCUUUUGUAUUCACAGGGCAAGGAGCUCAAUGGCACGCCAUGGGCCGCCAGCUAUUAUACCGCUACUCGAAUUUUUCAAAGAAUGUUCUAGAUUCUGGAGCAUAUCUGAAGGCCCUAGGGUGCAGCUGGGAGCUCAUGGACGAGCUAGAAAAACCCGCAUCUGCUUCAAAUGUCAAUGACCCCGCCUAUGGCCAGCCUCUAUCAACUGCUCUUCAACUUGCACUAGUCGAUUUGCUGGAUAGCUGGGGUAUUGUUCCAGCUGUAGUGGUGGGUCAUUCGUCCGGGGAGAUUGCUGCUGCAUACUGCGCUGGAGGUCUUUCAAAACAAUCUGCUCUCAAAAUUUCAUACUACAGGGGCCUCUUAGCAGGAAAGCUAGGUAAGCUCGGCACCAUGAAAGGGUCGAUGCUUGCGGUGGGAUUAUCAAACGAAGAAACCCAGCAGUAUCUCGGGAUGGUGAGGAUGCACUUCAAAACUCUGAGGUUGGCUGCGGCAUGCAUCAAUAGUCCGAAAAGCGUCACAGUCUCCGGAGACGAAGAUCAGAUUGACGAGCUGCAUGACCUGCUGGGGCAGAAUCAGAUCUUCUCCCGCAAGUUAGCUGUGAACGUUGCUUAUCACUCAUUCCAAAUGCAAGAGAUAGCAAGUGACUAUCGGAAAGCCAUAGGAUAUUUGGAAAAGCGGCCUGAAAGGAGCACGGCUCCGGUUCUGAUGUCCUCGGUCACCGGCGACUGGGUGUCCCCUGAUGAGUUGGCGGAUGCAGAAUAUUGGGUAAAGAAUCUGGUCUCGCCAGUCUUGUUCUCUGAUGCUGUCACACGCAUCUGCUCCUUUUCAGGGCCUGCAGCCAGGAAGAUUGAUAAUAGUCAUCGAUUUGCAGUAAGCAUCAAUCAUCUUCUGGAAAUCGGACCGCACUCAGCACUGCAAGGCCCGUGCCGCGAUAUAUUGCAAAGUAUCAAAAAGCAGGACGAGAUCGUAUAUCUUGCUCUGCUGGUGCGCAACAAAUCCGCUCUCAUCACGACUCUGAACUGCGCAGGCCGUCUGCAUUGCUACGGCUACCCAAUCAACCUAUCGUUGGUGAACAUGAUCGCGGCCGACAAGAACAAUACAAGGGCUGUUCUGGGUGACCCCCCUCAGUAUCCGUUCAAUCAUUCAUUGACGUACUGGCACGAGAGUCGAAAAAGUAAAGGAUACCGCUACAGAAAGCAUGGACGACUAGAUCUCCUCGGCACUCCUGAUCCAGACUGUAACCCCAUGGAAGCUAGUUGGCGAAACAUCAUCAGAACUUCUGAGAUGCCUUGGGUGCAAGAUCACAAGAUCAACAAUGCCAUUCUCUACCCAGCUGCGGGCAUGUUAGUCAUGGCCGUGGAGGCAAUCAAGCAGCUGGCUGAUCCAAAUAGAUUAAUCGCGGGUUUCGACCUCAAAGAUGCGGUCUUUUCUUCCGCACUGCAUAUACCUACGCAUAUGCAAGGCAUUGAAACCACCAUCCACAUGAAGCGGAUCAAGGAAGCGAGAUCGGAUAGUACCGGCUGGUAUGAGUUCCGAAUUUGCUCAUACGACAACAAUAUUUGGAUUGAAAACUCCCUAGGCUCUAUUCAAGCUGUAUAUGAGACCAGCGAGGCGGGUCUGGACACCAAGGGCCAGGUUGAGCGCAACUGGCAGGAAAGUUUGAUCGGGUCCUAUCAAGACGCAAUACAGACAUGCACAAAGACAAUCGAUCCAGACGACUUCUACAAGAAUCUCUUUGCCUGUGGCUAUCACUACGGUCCGGCUUUUAAGGCCAUCGCCGCUUUAAAAGCCAACGAGGCGUUCCAAGGGGAGUUUGUCUCGGAUAUCCGAACAUAUUGCUGGGCAGAUGAAGUGGGUUCAGCGGUGGUGCAACCGCAUACCAUUCAUCCAACCACACUUGAUGCUAUCAUUCACAUGAUGGCUGCUAUUGUCACAGAAAUGGGACAGAGGCAUUUUUUAGCGGUCCCCACGCGAGUUGAUCAAGUCUGGAUUUCGAAUAAUGGUUCUCUCAGCCACCCGACAGCAGAUUCCAUCAAGGCGCAUGUGACAUCCCAUAGGUCAGCUGUGGGCGACGCUCGGUAUUCUAUGACCGCAGUAGACCGCGAUUUGACCCGGGUACUUCUGACUAUCAAUGGACUUAGAGUCACGAUGCUUACGAACUCGGAUCCAGUUGCGGAUGACCAAGGGGUCGCCGACCUAUGCCAUCACGUAGAAUGGAAACCCGAUUUAGAUCUUCUGAGCGAUGAAGAGCGCCGACUAUUUUUCGAGGACGGCCAGCAAAACGACGAAGAACCAGUCCAAUACUUUAUUGAAAUGGACUUCCUCGUCACAGCCUACAUCAAUCGAGUCCUUGCAUCUCUUGGAGAGAUUAAAUGUCAAGGUCCACCUCAUAUGACGAAGUACCUUGAGUGGAUGGUGGCCCAGCGAGAUGCAUUACAAUCAGGCCAGUCUCCCUUCAGCUCUGAGACUUGGAGGAAACGAAUGAGCGAUCAAUGCUUUAUCGACAAAGUGCACAAAGCCAUAGAGGGCACGAAUAAGCGUGGUCUACUCGUGAGCACUGUUUGUAAAAACCUCCUCGAAUUUCUCAAUGGGGAGGUGGAUCCAGUCGCACGCCUCUUUGAUGCAAAUUUGUUGGAUGAUACGUACUAUGAAAUGGUUCAUUCUCUUCCAAGAAUCGGCCAGUUUGCGCGGUAUCUUGACGCAUUAGCCCACAAGAACCCACGUAUGCAGAUCAUUGAGGUAGGCGCUGGGAGUGGCGCCAUGACCAAACUUUGUACUGAGAUCUUGUCUACCAACGGCGAGAAAAAACCCACUGUGCCUCGCUAUGCGCAAUGGGAUUUCACUGAUAUUUCCGGAUCGUUCUUUCCCAAGGCGCAAGAAGUGUUUGCGGCUCAAGGCCAGCGUAUGAAGUUCAAAACUCUAGAUAUCGAGAAGGAUCCAGGAGCGGAAGGCUUUGAUUAUGGGGCGUAUGAUAUCGUGGUUGCAUUCCUUGUUUUGCACGCUACCCAAGAUCUGUCCACCAGUCUAAGAAACGUUCGCAAACUGCUCAAAACGGGCGGAAAGCUUGUGUUAGUUGAGAUAACCACACCAGGUGCCAUUCGGACAACGUUUGUCUUCGGUUUGUUUAACGGCUGGUGGCAAGGGAAUGAGCCCUAUCGCCGGAAAAAUCCCUGUGUUGACACGGCCAAAUGGGGGCAACAUCUGAAGGAAACGGGCUUUUCCGGCUGUGAUCUUGUGCUGAAUGAUUAUAGCGAUGAGAGAUGCCAGGAGGCCAGCUUGAUCGUGUCGACUGCUGUGGAGAACCACGCGCCAAUGUUACAGCAAAAACAUAUCAAUAUCAUUGUUGACUCUACCAAUUCUGUCCAGGGAAAAUUGGCAGAAGAACUAGAAGCCCAGCUCACAGGUGCUGGGAUGGUCAAGUUGACGCGGAGGGGGUUGGAAGAUAUGAAGAGCCGAGAAUCCUCCGAUGUUCUGGAUAUUGCAUUAUUGGAAAGCGUCAACCCUUAUCUCUACGACAUGGAUGAACGGCAUUUCCAGCAUGUCCAAUCGUUCCUGAUGUCCACGAGGGAUGUACUCUGGGUGAAUGGUGGAGGUGGCGACCAGCCAUGUCCCAAGUAUAGACUUGUGGAUGGACUAUUCCGAGUACUCAGAGAGGAGAACCACAAAACGAGACUCACGAUUCUAUCUCUGGAGCGAAGGUCGGCCUUGAGCCAUCAGGCGAAGCAGAUUGUCAGAAUAAUACAAGCUGCUCUAUCCACCAGGGCGACUAUUGAUACAGACUACACCGAGGUGGAUGGGAUGUUGCACAUUGGUCGUUUAGUCCUCGCCACCCACAUCAACGAAGAAGUUUCAACCAAAAAGCUGCUGAAGCAGAAGACUUUACGAGCCUUCGGCGCUGGAACACCGCUGAAACUUGAAGUCGGCUCGCCCGGUCUGUUGAAUACUAUUCACUUCGUCGAGGACACUUCAUUGCGAGGGCCGCUGAAGCCCACACAAUUUGAGGUGCAAGUCAAAAGUGUCGGUCUCAAUUUUCGUGACGUACUAAUUGCCCUUGGUCGGCUGGAUAGUGAGGCACUAGGAGCGGAAUUUGCAGGGCAAGUGACCAAGGUCGGUUCUUCCUGCCACAGAUUUAAACCAGGUGAUAAAGUUCUUGCCUGCUAUCCCAGUCGACACGCGAGCUUUGUCCGUCUGGACCAAGAUAUGACCGUCAUCAAGAUCCCAGAUGAUGAAAUAUCCUUCUCUCAAGCUGCGGCUCUUCCAGUCGCUUAUGCUACAGCAUGGAUUGCAUUGACGCAGAUUGCGAGGCUUCAGCCAGGGGAAACUAUCCUGAUUCAUUCUGGUGCCGGAGGAACAGGACAAGCAGCUAUUCAAGUCUCCCAACUUCUCGGUGCCCGCGUUUUUACGACGGUAUCGAGCGAAUUCAAAAAGAAACUCCUCGUUGAGAAAUUCCAAAUUCCGGGGGAACAGAUAUUUUCAAGCAGGAAUACCCUUUUUGCUAAAGCUGUCAAACAACUCACGGGAACUAAAGGCGUGGAUGUUGUUUUUAAUUCAUUGUCAUCGGAAGGGCUAAUCGCAUCUUGGGAGUCAAUUGCACCAUAUGGUCGAUUCAUUGAAAUUGGGAAGAACGAUAUACUGUCUAAUUCGAAACUUCCAAUGCUCUGUUUCGAACAAAAUGUGACUUUUGCUGCUGUUGACUUAGCUGCAAUGACAAUGGAUCGACCGCAAGUCGUGACAGCGGCCCUGGAGAGCGUCAUGGCACUGAUAAGAGAGAAGAAGCUUUCUUUACCUCAUCCACUUCAGGUUUAUGGCAUCUCAAACAUUGAACUCGCAUUUAGACAAAUGCAAAGUGGGAAAAACUCUGGCAAGGCUGUCCUGGAGAUGAGGGGAACUGACCAAGUUACGGCCGUCUUGGACACUAAGCCGACAUAUGUCUUUGACUGCGAUGCUUCAUACGUCAUUGCAGGAGGCCUUGGUGGGUUGGGACGAAGCAUGGCGCGAUGGUUUGUUGAUAGGGGAGCUCGAAACUUGAUCCUGCUAUCCCGCUUUGGUCCCAAGACUCCGCCUGCCCAUGAACUAGUCGCAGAGCUCAGAGCGAAAGGUGCCACAAUUGCUACUCCCGCGUGCGAUAUCACGAAUCGGACGCGUCUAGAGGCUGUCCUUGCCGAGCAUCGCGUUUUCAUGCCUCCAAUCAAAGGUUGUGUCCAGGCAUCCAUGGUCGUUAGUGAUGCGCAUUUUGAGGGCAUUUCAUUCGAAUCCUGGAGAGGUUCCACCACCCCCAAAGCUCAAGGAUCGUGGAAUUUACACGAGCUUCUUCCAAAAGGCAUGCAGUUUUUCAUACUGUUGUCAUCCAUUGCUGGGAUUUAUGGGGGUCGUGGAGCAUCUGGAUAUGCUGCGGGCAACACCUUCGAAGAUGGUUUAGCACUAUACCGGAUUUCGAUUGGAGAGAAGGCCGUAUCAUUAGAUCUGGGGAUGUUCCUGUCCCUCGGCGUUUUGAAGGACAACCCCGCGCUGCGAGAGAAGAUGCUAGCAAGCUCUGUCUUCAAGGAGAUCACCGAAGCAGAUCUACACGCAUUGCUGGAAAUUUACUGCAAUCCCGACUUGGACAAAUCCUCCAUGCUGAGAGCGCAGACCGUCGUUGGAAUGACACCCAAGAUACGAGAAAAGGGUCUGACCACCACCGAAUGGAUCAAAAAGCCAUUUUAUCAGCAGAUGACUUUGGCCAACGGUCUUGGUGCUGGCCCUCUGGCAAAUUCGGAGGGUACCAAUUUUGCAGCUCUUUUUGCGAACGCCGGGUCUCUGGGUGAGAUCACGGCAGUGGUAAUGAAAGAGUUGAGAAUAAAGCUAUCCAAGAUGCUGUCACUGCCGCUAGCCGAGAUUGAUGUCGAUAAACCCAUUCAUCAAUAUGGUGUGGAUUCCCUUGCAGCAGUAGAAUUACGGAACUGGUUCUCGAGAGAGCUCCGCGCGGACGUGGCUAUUUUUGAUAUCCUGGGAGGGGCCAAUAUUGGAUCCGCCGUGGGUAUUGCGGUUCGAAAGAGUGAGUAUCAGAAGGCAGAAUGA